UAACCUUUGAACGUUACUGCCGUAACAUAAAAACCGAAAAUUUUAGCCAAACCAAACAAGCCUUUUAUUUUUAAAAUUAAAAACAUAAAAAAAACAGAAUUAUAACGGGAAUUCGGAUUUAAAUCGACUACAACAUUGAAUGAACUGAUACACAGAGUACUAAAAUUCACAGCUUGUAACUGGAAUCGGAUGGAAUCGACGAUCCGGUAUGUAAUCCAGAAAAACCAAUUAAAAUCAGUUUUGAAGAAAUAACAUCCGCUGCGUAUAAGACAAGAGGAGGCAUCGUAUAUACACCAUGUGAUAAAUCUCAUCUAUCUGAAUUCACUGGCAUGGACCUGUACUUAAAAAAGGAUUUUCUGCAAACCACUGGCAGUUUUAAAGAGAGGGGCGCAAGAUACGCUAUGAUAAUGUUAACACCUGAAGAACGCAAGAUGGGCAUUAUCGCGGCUUCACUUGGUAACCACGCGUUGGCGGUGUCUUAUCACGGAAACCAGAUGGGUAUUCCGGUUACCGUUGUAAUGCCGCUCAUUGCCCCCAUCAUGAAAAUUCAGAAAUGUCGCCACUACAACGCCAACGUAAUAAUCGAAGGAAAAAAUAUGGAAGAAGCUAAGAGAGCAGCAUACAAAUUAUCCAAAGAGAGACAUUUGAAGUAUAUUAAUGGUUACGACCACCCACAUAUAAUUGCCGGUCAGGGUACCAUUGCUCUAGAGAUACUCGAACAGGUUUCAAACAUAGACGCCAUUGUUGUGCCAACGGGAGGUGGAGGUUUGUUGGCAGGAGUGGCGGUUGUUGUGAAGAUGCUCAAUCCCAAUAUCAAAAUCAUAGGCGUCGAGUCGGAAAGAUGUGCAAGUUUUUCAAAGGCCAUCAGUAACAAAGCACCAAUACACAUACCCAUCGAAGGUACCCUGGCUGAUGGUCUAGCAGUUCCUCAAGUAGGCUAUAAUUCCUGGGAAACUUCCAAAGACCUACUUGAUAAGUUGGUGGUAGUAAAAGAAGAAUGGAUUGCAAUUGCGAUUUUGAGAUUUAUAGAAAAUGAAAAGUGCGUCGUUGAAGGAGCUGGCGCGUGCGGUUUGGCGGCGAUUUUGGCGGGCCAAUUGGAAGAAUUCAAGGGAAAGCGAGUAGUGUUAAUAAUUAGUGGCGGCAACAUAGACACCACCAUCUUGGGAAGAUGUUUAGAGAGAGGUUUGGCCGCUGACGGACGAUUGGUGAAAUGCAAAGUCACUGUCAGCGACAGACCCGGAGGAAUAUGUGAACUCUGUAGAGUAUUAAGUUCUAUAGGAGUUUCAAUUAAAGAUGUCGUACACGAAAGAGCUUGGGUUACAGAGGACGUGUUUAGUGUUGCUGUUAUUGUCGUCUGCGAGACUAGAGACUAUUCUCACAGCAUGGAACUUAGAGAUUUACUUUAUUCUCGAUAUAAAAAAGUGGAAUUUGAAAAUUUUCCUGAUCCAAAAUCGUUUUUUUCCAAUGACUAAUUUUCAAUUAAAUUAAUAUAUUU